AUGGACGCCCGCCGUCCGCGAUCGAGCCAAAAGGUCUCGAUGACAUGGCAAGAGGAUGAUGCCACGGUAACACGCCACCGUAUGAUGCAGUUUGCCGACGAGUGUAUUGAGACGAAGACUGUGACAACCACAACCACCACAAAGCGAUCCUAUCCACCUCUCUUUCUCCGCGAACCCCGGGAGGUGCACUCGCUCGAUUCCAAAGAAUAUCCUCUCGCAGCAAAGCCGACGCCGCCAGAGUUACGGAAAGUAGCGUUUGAUGUGGAUGAUUAUGAAACUGAGGCGUGGGAAGAGGAGGACACAGAUGCACAGGCUCACCGGGCUCAGAGUAUCGACUUUUCGAGCGAAAUCAAGCGCGAACCCGGCGUGGAGAGCCCCACAUCGACAACAUCCCACCGUCCAAAUGAGAAAGCCGACCUCUACCAACGACGGUCCCGAAGAUCCACCACCCGGGCCGGGUCCCCGAGUUACACUCCGAUGCCUCCGAGAGCCUCCCGGCCAGCGACAAAAUCUGCCGGUGUAUCCUUAGCAGGUGCCGAGAAACUACGUCAUGCUAUAACACGAGCCCAGAGUAGGGACCCGGCUAGGGUACUGCGUCGUUCCUCUGGAUACCUCGCUAGCCCGAAUACCUCGGAGCUUUCUUCCAGUCGUCAGGAGCGAGGCUCGCGUUUGCGGCCUCUUUUGGCCGAUGUGGCGGAUUCAGGGGCCAGCCAGUCGACGUCUGUUUACGAAGCGGACAGUCCACCCGAGAUGGAAUCCCAAACAUUCAGCGAUGUCGCCACGCCCCCCAUAACCGACCCCGAGCUGCCAUCCUUCGACGAUACCGACGACAAUCUCUUACAAGCCACAACUGACGUUGCACCCAGGAGAAGCCUUACCACGGUGGCUGCACAGGAUGCCAGCCUGCCUAGUCCCAGACUGUCCCCCACAUUAGCAGCCACCCAGCUUCAACCAAGCCAAGCCGACGACGACAGCGAGGAAGCCGAUGUUCCUUCCUUCUCGACUCAACUUACGCGCUCGGAUAGACAUCAAUGGAUGGACGAGAGCCAAAUGACAGAUGACACGGAGAUACCAGGCCGGAUGGAGUUGUCCCCCUUUCGUUACAGCAACUCACUCGUUCGAUCCAAAUCCGGCCGCGGUCCAUCCAUCGAUCCAGCUGCAAUGCUUGACAGCUUUGAUGCUAUGUCCAAUGAGUUUAAGAGUUGGAUGAUGUACCAGUUGCUUCGGAGGUGUCCGCGAAAGACGCUUCACAUGGUUGCAGAUGUGGUCAACCCGGCACUCAAGUGCGAUUUCUUCCAACAAUUGCCCAUCGAACUCAGUCUCCAUGUUUUGUCAUACUUGGACCAUCGGGAUCUCUGUCGCGCGGCGCAAGUUUCCAAGCGCUGGAGGCACAUCGUCGAUGGAAACGAGACGGGCUGGAAAGAGCUCUUUGACCGGGAUGGGUUCCAUUUGCCGGUAGGCGAGCUCCAGAAAGCCAUCAACGAAGGCUGGGGCUGGCAGGACCCUGUUGGAUUUGAGGGCUGUGAGCUCGACCUGAGCAACCAGAGCCGGCUUACGUCUAGUGAAACGGAGCUGAUCCGGUCAGCCGUCAAGGCGGAACAACCCGAGUGUCCGCCGAGGACGAGGAGCUCGAAGCGGAAACGGGGACUUCCACAGAUCAACGCCGAACGGGCCAAGCGCCGGGCUAGCGCCCAAGAGGCCAGGGCCGAUCGGAACCACCCUCCUGCCAAGACGCACAAAUCCGAAGGCCCCAUUUCGGCCGCCAACGCGGCGGCCGUCGCAGUUCCGGAUCCGCAGAUCGGGCUGCCGAGUCUACGUAACCUCCAUCUCUUCAAAUCCUUGUACCGCAGACACUACAUGUUCCGCAAGAGCUGGAUGAGCGGCAAGGUCAAGCCCGGUCACGUUGCCUUUGCCGCGCAUCCGCGCCACGUUAUCACCUGUCUCCAAUUCGACGACGACAAGAUCAUCACGGGCAGCGACGACACCCUGAUCCACGUCUACGAUACCAAGACCGGCAAGCUCCGCACGAAGCUUGAAGGCCACGAGGGGGGUGUAUGGGCUCUUCAGUAUGAGGGUAACACAUUGGUGUCCGGCAGCACGGACCGUUCGGUGCGUGUCUGGGAUAUCCAGAAGGGUAUUUGCACUCAGACAUUUUAUGGGCACACCAGUACUGUGCGGUGUCUGCAGAUUGUUAUGCCCACUGAUACUGGCAAGGUUGUGGAUAACAAGCCGGUCUUAAUGCCACCUAAGCCGCUGAUCAUCACGGGUUCUCGCGACAGUCAGCUCCGGGUUUGGCGACUACCGGAGGCCGGCUCGCGUCGGUACAUCCAGACCGGCCCUCCGGCUAAUGAUGACCAAUGCCCUUACUUCAUUCGCAUUCUUGCUGGGCACGCCCACUCGGUCCGCGCGAUCUCGGCGCACGCCGACACGCUGGUGUCCGGCAGCUACGACAGCACGGUGCGCGUUUGGCGCAUCAGCACUGGUGAGCAGCUCCACGUCCUCAACGGCCACGUUCAAAAGGUGUACGCCGUCGUUCUCGACCACAAGCGCAACCAAUGCAUCUCGGGCUCGAUGGAUUCGCUUGUCAAGAUUUGGGAUUUGACCACGGGCGACUGCCUCUACACGCUCGAGGGCCACAGCAUGCUAGUCGGCCUCCUGGAUCUCCGGGACGACCAGCUGGUUUCGGCAGCGGCGGAUAGCACCCUACGGAUUUGGGACCCAGAGUCUGGCAAGUGCAAGAAAAUGCUGGAGGCCCAUACGGGGGCCAUCACUUGUUUCCAGCACGACGGACGGAAAGUGAUAUCGGGCAGCGAGAAAACGGUUAAAAUGUGGGACGUCGAUAAUGGCGAUUGCGUCCAGGAUCUCUUGACCGACCUCUCAGGGGUGUGGCAAGUCAAAUUUGACGACCGUCGUUGUGUGGCAGCGGUGCAGCGUAACAAUCUCACCUAUGUCGAGAUUCUCGACUUUGGCGCCGUGCGCGACGGGAAGCCCCCUGAGGAGCUUGGAAAGCGCAAGCUCUUGAACGAAGCCGAGGUUCAGCGGCUCAUCGCCGAGGAAUCCUAA